AAGGAAACCUUCAGAGGAGGAGGAAGAAAUCAACCUUAUGCAAAUUGAUGAGGGCUUGGCGAAGAGGUGUAAGCGGAAGCAAGGUUGCGAUGAGUUGCCAAUUUCUGAGGUCAUGGAGGCCAGCCUUAAGUGGUCUCCCAAGAUCACAUGAUAGUUGCGGCGUGGAAUUGUCGAGGGGCAGGGAGCUCCUUGACUAUUCCCUGUCUUAAGGAGGUAAUCCACCUUCACUCCCCUAAUAUUAUUUUUUUAUGCGAAACUAAAAACCAAAAAAAAUUUUUAAAUGGCUUUAAAAGGAAAAUAGGAUUUGAGGAAAUGGCUUUAGUGGAUCCUGUAGGUAAAGCUGGUGGUCUUGCUGUUUUUUUGGAAAAAGGCUACCAAUGUUUUGGAUGUUUUAUCUACCCCCUUUACUUUGGAACUUAUGUGAAUAUUGAUAAUGAUGCUGGGACCUGGUGGUGCAUUUUUGUUUAUGCUAGCACUGAUGAUAAUAUGAGGAAGAACCAAUGGGAUUUUUUGACUAAUAGGAGCAAAAUCUGGGGUAAAAACAAAGUUUUAAUUGGGGAUUUUAAUGACAUUAUUUCCAACGAUGAAAAAUGGGGGGCAGAGUGAGGCCUAAUUGGACGUUCUCUGACUUCAAAGGCUUCAUUAACAACAAUGAGCUCCUGGAUAUUGGUUUUGAGGGCCUCCCUUGGACUUGGAGUAACCUGUGGGAGGGGGAUGGAGAAAUUAAACAGAGAUUGGAUUAGAGCUCUUGCAAGCGAAGAGUGGUGUGAAGUGUUCAAAGAUGCAAGAGUGACCCAUUUUGAAGUGGAAGCAUCUGAUCACAACAUCCUCCUCCUGGAGACAGAGCCUAGAAUCAGAAAACCAAAAAGAAGAUUUCACUUUGACUCCAGAUGGUUGCAAUACAGGGAAGUGGAGGGCAUAAUCCAAGAGGCGUGGGGUAAAAACCAAGUGGGGUCUAGAGGAGUGAGAAUCAGCAGGAAGAUCAAACAGUGCAGAAUGAAUCUUUCAGCCUGGAGUAGAACGCUGAAGCUAAAUAGCAAAAAAGAAAUCAAAAGAAUCAAAGAGGAGAUUCAUGCUACAAGGUCCAGGAACGGUAACAAUGCUAAAGAGGCCAUUAAAAUGCUUAGGAAGCAGCUUUCUGAAGCUUAUAAACAAGAGGAACUUUAUUGGAACCAGAGGGCUAGAAUCAAUUGGCUUCAAAAAGGGGAUAAGAACACAGCUUAUUUUCAUGCUGUGGUGAAUGGCCGAAGGAAGCGGAAUAGAAUUACCAGGCUUGAGAAGGAGCAAGGGGGGUGCACAACCGAGGAGGAGUUUGGAGAGGAGAUUACUCAAUUCUAUAAUCAGCUUUUCACAUCUUCGAAGCCAUCAGACUUUGAUGAGAUAUUAAAUGGUAUUCCGAGGACUAUCACUGAGCAGAUGAAUUUGCAACUUACCAGACCUGUUACUGAGAAGGAAAUCAGAAUUGCUGUGUUCUCCAUGCACCCAAACAAAUCCCCAGGGCCUGAUGCUAAUGGUGAUGAAGCAGGGCACAUAAAAGAGAUACUGGAAUGCUAUGGAAAAGCCUCAGGACAACAAGUCAACAUCAACAAAUCAGCAGUCAUCUUCAGUAAAAACACAGGCAGCAGGGAGAAGGAGGAGGUGCUACAGAAAUUAGGAGGAAUCCAACAAGUUACACAAGGAAAGUACUUGGGCCUACCCCUAGUGGUUGGAAGAUCGAAAAACAGCGUGUUCAGAUUCAUUAAAGAAAAUUUGAUGUCUAGGUUGCAGAACUGGAAGGGAAAAUUGCUGAGUAAUGCAGGGAAAGAGGUGCUACUCAAGUCAGUUGCCACUGCUCUUCCAUCCUAUGCCAUGUCCGUGUUCAGAUUAUCAAAGAGCCUGUGCAAAGAGCUAAGUGGUUUAAUGGCCAGAUUUUGGUGGGGAAAUGAUCAAGGGGAAACAAGAAUGCAUUGGAAGAAAUGGGAGGAUAUUGCUGAUAGGAAAGAAAAUGGUGGUCUUGGAUUUAGGGAUCUGCUCUGUUUCAAUGAAGCUUUGCUUGCCAAACAAGUUUGGCGACUUAUUACCUGUCCCAACUUGUUAGUAAGUAAAGUCAUGAAAAACAGAUAUUUCCCUAAUUCCAAUAUCUUUCAAUCCAAAGUAAAAGCUGGAGCUUCAUGGAUUUGGCAAAGUUUGCAUAGCUCUAUUAAGUUGCUUGAAAGUGGAAUCUGGAAGCAAGUUGGGGAUGGAUCAACAGUGGAAAUAUGGGAAGACAGAUGGUUAGAUAUUUCAAAAAAUGGAAGAAUCUCCUCCCCAAAACCAAAUGGCUACCAACUAACCAAAGUUAGCAGUUUGAUCAAGGGGAGGAAAUGGAACAAUGACAUCAUUCAAGGACUGUUUUCAAAGGAAGAGGCAGAGGCGAUUAUGGCUAUUCCCUUAGCGUAUUCCAAAAGAAGGACAGAUUCAAAUGGAGAUUUACAGAUAAUGGUUGCUAUUCUUCUAAAUCUGGGUAUGCUAAGGCCAAAGAGAGAUUCAAAGAGAGCAGUGAGAAAAAUAAGGCGAAGGUAAACUCCAGUACAAACAAGGAAAGAUCCAAGGUCUGGAAUCAACUUUGGGGUCUGAAUAUCAAACAUAAAAUUAAACAUUUCUUGUGGAAAUGUCUUCAUUGUAUCCUCCCAACCAAUGAGGAAAUUUUUAGAAGGACAGGCAAGGGUGAUCCGUUAUGCAAAUGCUGCGGGGAAGAACCAGAAACGACUGAACAUGCACUUUUUCACUGCAAAUCUAGAGUGCUGGCUUGGGCAACAUUUCCUGUCUCCUGGGACGGCAUCGAAGAACAUAACUGGAACUUUUGGAAAUGGUGGGAACAUAUGCAGGGUGCCAGAGCAAGAGAGGAUGGGAUUAAACACAUUGAAAUUACAGCAAAUUUCCUCUGGCAAAUUUGGAAGGCAAGAAACGGGUGGAACUUUAACCAGGAUCUAAAAGGAAGUGACCUGAUAUCCAAAAAAGCAAUGGAAGAAUGGAUAGAGUUUGAUGAAGCAGGAAGGAAUUCAGAGGUGACCAAUGGUACGGGCCCCCAACCAGAGGACAGACAGAGCAUGUUAGCUGGUCUAAUGGAACAACAUGUUUCCAUUAUGUAUACGGAUGCAGGAAUGAAUCAAACCAGAAUGAAAGCAGGAAUUGGAAUCAUUGCUAAAACUAUCAAUGGCAGGAUUCUGACGACUUGGUCUAUCCCGCAGCCAGGAGGUAGAGAUGCAGCUGAAUUGGAGGCUAUCGCUAUUAGAACAGCUCUGAGCAAGGCUAUUGAGGAAGAUAUGACAUCCUUAUUGAUCCUCUCGGACUGCAAAGCAGUGGUGGAUAGGAUCAAUUUAGGAGGCCAUGGUCUAACCUCUCUGGACAUGCUCAUUGAAGACAUAAAGCAGUUGAGUCUUUCAUUCUGGAAAUGCUCCUUCUUUCACAUAAGGAGAGAAUUGAACCUGUGUAGCCAUAGGCUAGCUAAGUUUGCUGUUAACUUGGUACAUGAAACUAGGUGGAAGCAAUCCUUCCCUGUGUGGCUUAACAAAGAAGCCCACAAUGAUUUCCUGGCAGUUGCCAGCCUUUUGUAAAUCUGCUAUGCAGACUAAUCAUUGAAUUAUAUAAUACAGCUGAAGUUUGACAAAAAAAAAAAAAAAAAAAAAAA